AUUUAUCUUCUCUCAUCUGUUUGUACUAGCCCAAUUAUAUCUGUUAGCUUUACUUGCUCCCGACGGACACUUGGGACUCCUCUCCCCCCCUGACGACCACCCAUCCAUCCGAAACACUCCCUCACCGCGGCCACCACCUCCUAACCCGACCCGGUCCCAAAUCCCAGUGAUCUUAGUCCGGAUUCAGCUGAUAGACGCCAAGAACUGGGCUUCAAUUCCCAUCCGGGUGUGCGACCGACAACGAGGUAGGGGCAGGAUGUCAAGCAGGAACGAAGAAGUUUUGAAGCUUAAAAACAAGAUUAUUGAAUGCCAAGAGGAAACGCUGCGGCUAUUGCAGGAGAAACAGGGGUGGCCUGCCAAAUCUAAUCUUAUGGAACAGACAAAAGAAAGAGCUGUAGCUGACUUGACAAGACAAUCGACCGAAACAUCUGAAUUUGAGAAGGAACUCAUCGAUCUGUACAAGGCCUUGAAGCGUAAGGAGAAGUCUGAAACCAAUCUAAAAGAUAUUUUUGACGCGAUGCAAGCUUCGCAUGAGAAAUAUAGGAAAGCUAUGGAAAAGGAGCUGAUAGAAGGAGAGUGUACGUUGGAUACUGUAGAUAAGAGAUUGUCAGUGAUGCUAGAAAAUCGCGUAGAGAUGGAGAAGAGACUAGAAAAUCUUAAUGUUUUCUAUGAGGCUGUGUAUUCUACUCUCAAAUCGAAGAAGUCUAACGGUGUCUCUCUUGUCAAAGAAGCUCAGCUUGAUCAUCCUGAUGGACAGAAUGGACCCAAAAUGCGAAAAAAGAGAGGGUCGAAGAAGUCUCAAUAGGAACCUUUGCUUAACAUAAAAUAAUGAAGACCUGUUUGGGCUGUUGGCUGUGAGUGGAACUUGUUUUACAUUUAGGAGUUCAGUUGUUUCUUAUGUUUCUAAGACAUAGCUCGAUGUUCAAACUAUUCGUAAGACUUUUAUCUCUGCCCUCUUGGCAUUGUUUAAACUACACACUGGUUUCAUAUGUCUAUUUUGGUUAUUCUCUCUA